AAUAGCCAAAGCUGUAAGCAAUAGUAUCGGAAUUCCCCGCAUCUGGCUCCACUCCCAAACCCGGCCAUUGAAGCUCCAUACAAUUAAUUUUUGGCCCGGGACCAACCCAUUCGAUGGCAUGACGGAAUACACACAAUUCCUAAGCACCAGAGCUUUCGCACAUCACAGCCUACAAUUAAGAUGUCGCGCUCUUUAGCGGCCCCGAAGCCGCUCCUUCGAUCUCUGCUACAGAGCAGGCCUCGAGCUCAAGUGCAAGUGCAAGCUCAACCUCAGCAGUGCCGCUGCUUCCUCUCCAUCCAAGCUACUACAUCACCAUCCCCGCGACGGCCGUCGACGAGCUCCUUCCAACGACGCAUCGCGAAUCCCGGCAACACCACCCCCACGCCUGCAUCUAGGCUCGCGGAGCAGCGCCGGUACAAGACGUUCAAGACGGUGGAGGAGGCGCGCAGCAGGUACCGGACCGGCCCGUUCUCGUGGAAGGCGGGCCUGCUGUUCGUGAUCACGGGCGCGGGCCUCGUGUGGUACUUCGAGAGCGAGAAGAAGCGCAUGCAGCGCCUGCGCGUGGCCGAGGCGGCCAAGGGCAUCGGCAAGCCGAAGGUCGGGGGCGAGUUCGAGCUGGUGGAUCAGGAGGGGAGGCCUUUCGUGAGUGGGGAUCUGAGGGGGCGGUAUAGUUUGAUCUACUUCGGCUUCACGCACUGCCCGGAUAUCUGCCCCGAAGAGCUCGAUAAGAUGGCGCGCAUGUACGACCUGGUGGAGGAGAAGGCGCCAGGCAAGGUCAAGCCCGUCUUCAUCACGUGUGACCCCGAGCGCGACGACCCUAAGACGCUGAAGUCGUACCUGGCGGAGUUCCACCCGAAAUUCAUAGGGCUGACGGGCACGUACGACCAGAUCAAGGACGUGUGCAAGGCGUACCGGGUCUAUUUUAGCACGCCGAGGAAUGUGAAGCCCGGCCAGGACUAUCUAGUGGACCACAGCAUCUACUUCUACUUGAUGGACCCUGAGGGCGACUUUGUGGAGGCGCUGGGGAGACAGCAUAGCCCGGAGGAGGCGGCCAAGGUCAUUCUAGAUCAUGUGAAGGAUUGGAGAGGCGGUUGGAGCAAAUAGGGGUGAGCUGAUGAUCGAAUAAGAAAACGUGUAUUAUCCCCCACUCGACCUGUGAUAUUACUACUUGAAUAUUCUUGAUUAAUGUACAUAUCAAAAUUGUGUGAGGACGCGAUUUUUGUAUAUAGGAAACCCAUGGGCAGUCUUAACAUAAAUGCCUCGAAAUUGUUCAAUCUGUCCAUUGAAUAAAGUGACAUUUCCAUAGUUGAGUUAUGUUAUAAAAGAUAAAAGUUGAAUAAGGCAGGUAUAUACAUAAUAAUAGCAAACACCAUUG